AUGAGUUCCCAGACAAAUCCAACCUUCUCGGUUGGGGACCAUGAAGCUUUCAUGGAUUUCGCCCUCAUUCAAGCACAAAAGUCACCGCCUGGUGCCAACAAAUUCUGCGUCGGAGCCGCACUUGUCGAUGCCGAUGACGGGAAAGUCCUAUCGACAGGGUACUCGCUUGAAUACCCACGAGAUUACAAAGGAGAUCCAGGUACCACGCAUGCAGAGCAGUGUUGUUUUAUCAAGAUCGCCGACGAGCACAAUCUUCCCGAGGAACGCAUCGAUGAAGUCCUUCCGGCCAACACAGCACUGUACACAACAAUGGAGCCAUGCAAUGAGAGGCUUAGCGGCAACAUGACCUGCGCGACCAGAAUCUUGAGGCUUAAGAGUGCUAUAAAGACUGUCUACGUGGGAAUCAAAGAGCCGGGGACGUUUAUCGCGCACAAUGACGGACAGGAGAGGCUGGAGGCCAACGGUGUCAAGGUCGUGUUCCCUGUUGAGCAUUGGCGUGACAGAAUCAUCAAGGUCUCUAUGAAUGGACACUGA